AUGGCCAAACCGAAACAAAACAAGGUUACGAAAUCCUCGCCUCGUCCUAUAUUUGCUAAAGACGUAUUGUCGCAGACAGACUCUUCAUCGAUAGUUGAUCUCAUUAAUCAAUAUGUUCACACGAAUGCUGAUGUCAUACACGCAAAGUAUAAGGAGUUUGCCGAGGAACAAAUGGAAGCCGACCACAAAUUGAUACAAGAAUUACAACAAGAAAAUGCCAGAUUGACAGAGGAGCUGGAGAGCAGGUCUCAAUUCAGCUCCCCCGUGAAAAAGCAAAACAAUGAAGACGUGUUUUACUCAUUGGAUAUUCUUGAGAUUAUGAGUGGAUUAAAAGUUACCUACUUUGUUGACAAUGGUAAGGAAUUGGUUUACGAAAUGAAAUCUUCUGGUAAAGAAUUGGAAAUCCAGUACAAGUUAAUACUACCGAAGGAUGGAUCUGAGGUUACCUACAUUCCCAUUUUCAACGGUAAUGAAGAAGCAAUGAAGUUAUUGCCUGAAUACUUUUUGGAUAGCUUUUCAUUUGACUUUAAAAACCUUCCUUUAUUCUAUAACAAGGUGAACAAGUAUAUAAACAAGUAA